AUGUUACCAUCAGUAAAAAGGUCUGAAAAAUGCUUGCAAUUAGCAUACAUGGGACGUGCUCGUUAUGAUGAUGGAAUUUAUACAACUUAUCAAGAUCACAUAUGUCGAGCACCAGAUCCAGAUGAAAUUGAAAAAGCAUUAUAUAAUUAUGAAAUUAAAAAGAAUGCGCAACAAUGUCAUGAUCCACCACGAUUAAUCAUUCAAAAUGCUCGUCUUAAAAUAUCAUUAGAUGCUGCAAUUAACAUUCCACAAUACACAGCAUCGCAACAUAUUAUUAUACCAUCAAAUUAUCAAGUUAAUGCAUUAAAUGAACAAUUUCUUUUAUAUGAUAAUAAUGACAAUCAACGACGAAUAUUAAUCUUUGCUACAAAACAACAUUUAGAUUUUCUUAAUGAAUGCGAAAGUUGGCAUUGCGACGGCACUUUUGCCGUAGCACCUAAGCUAUUUGAACAAAUGUAUUCUAUUCAUGGUUCAAUUCGUGGUAAAAAAUUACCAUUAUUAUAUUCACUUCUACCAAAUAAAGAUCAAAAAACUUAUGAAGAAUUAUUUCGAAUAGUGGCUCAACAUGAAUUACAUUUAAAAAAAGAAUUUCUGGAAAACCAAAAUAGUCGUCAAACUAUGAAAAAUUUAGCAGCAUUAGCUUUUGUUCCACCUAAUAAUAUUGUUGAAGAAUUUUCACGCAUAAAAGAAAAUGCAUCUGAUGUUUUAGAUGGUAAUAAACUUUAUAUAUUAAAUUUUUAUUACAUAUUGUCAAGUUUUAGAUUUGAUUUUGUAUUUCGAAGAUAA